AUGAUAGCUCUCUAUAUGUGGAAUUCAGUUAUGAAAAUCUACCUGCCUUUUGUACUCGUUGUAAGAUCACAGGGCAUUCUAUCGAGAAAUGUCGAAGAACGAAAGCGGAGGACGGCAGCGGCUGCAUGGCAACCUAAAGAAGUGGUGAAUGAUACACAAUCGGGAGACAACGUAGAUGGCCUGAUUGAAGACCUGGACGUUGGGAAAACGGAUGGCACAACUGAGAAAUAUCCUGAGUCUUUACAGGAGGACCGGAGUGGUAAUUCUGGGCCUGAUAUGCUUGAGAGAAUCUUGGUGGCUGCAAAGGAUAGUGAAGUUAUUCCUACUACGGACCACAUGGAUAAUGAGAUAUCUCACCUGAACUCCUCUUCAGGAGCCCUUAUUGCAGAUGAUCCGGCAACGGAGAUGACGGAAGGGGAACCCUCUUCUUUUCUUAAAGGAGGUACGUUACAGGAGACGGAUUUAAAAGCUUUAGCUCUUGAGAAUGCCGUGAAAAUCCAGAGACUCGAAUCUUUUUUUAAAGAGAUUCCUCAAGGAAAUGCUGCAAAGCGGGGUCGUGGACGACCGCCAGGAAGCGGACGAGGAGGAAGAACUUUACACACUCCGGCAACUGAUUCAAUCAAGAACAGGCUUCGCAAAUCCAUUGACUUGGGUCACAAGAAUCUUCGCUUCAGAGUGGCAAUCAUACAUGGGGCCAAUGAUGCGGUUCUCAGACGGAAACUUUGGGCUGGUCUUCUUAAUUUUACUGAUGGGAACACAGUUUUUAUUGGCGACUUUAACGCGGUGAAAGGAGCUCAUGAGCGAAUUAGUGGGGUGCUUCCUUCUCGAAGUUCUUGUGAGGAUUUUUGUAAAUUCAUUGAUGAUAUGGGUUUCCUGGAACCCUCCACCUCGGGUUUACAAUUUUCUUGGUCGGGCAGAAGGUUCUUCCCCAACCACGUGGAAACGCUCUUGGAUAGAGCUCUUGUCUCUUCGUCUUUCGAUAUUUUAUGGGACUCUGUCAAUACUCACGUGCUGCCGAGACUUACGUCGGAUCAUUCGGCCAUCGUGCUGCAAUGCAAACCUCAUUUGGCACCAGGAAAGCGACCGUUUCGUUUUCAACACAUGUGGGUGGAACAUCCUGGUUUUUCGGAUUUGGUGCGAGCCUCUUGGGGCGUUGCGUCUAACAUACCUUGCCCAAUUUAUAACGUGAUGAUAAAAUUGAAAAGGUUAAAGAGUGCUCUCCGGGAGUGGAAUAAAACUACUUUUGGCUGCUUGGAUGCUAAACUAGCUGAAGCCCAGGAGGAGCUUGCCUCGGUUCAGGCUCGGAUUUCUAGAGAUGGCUACACGGACGCUAGCUUCGAUGAGGAAGUUACUAAGCAAGCUGUCAUAAAUACGAUGCUUACCAGAAAAAACGUCCAGCUACAGCAACAAAGUCGUAUUAAGUGGUUACAAGACGGGGAUAGAAACACGACUUUUUUCCAUAAGGCGCUUCGUCAGAGGAAAUCUGGACUAGUCAUUAGUCAUCUCAACAUUGCGGGUGCCGUGGUGUACGAGCAGUCGGUGAUUGAGCGUCACAUUGUGGAACAUUUUACUACUCUUUUCUCGCAAUGGGCUGCCAGUAGCGUGGAUUUGGUUGAUAUUGAAGCUAAUAUUGAUUUGCAGGUCAAUGAAGAUCAUAAUAGGGGCUUGAUUGAGAUCCCUUAUGAUGAGGAAAUCACGGCGGCAGUCCAUGACAUGGAGGCUAGCAGUGCUCCGGGUCCUGACGGGUUCUCGGGGGUGUUCUUUCAUCGUUGUUGGGACAUCGUUAAAGAGGAUACUAUUAGAGUUGUGCGUUGUUUCUUCCUGAGUUCCUAUCUUCCUAAUGGUUGCAAUGCUAAUACUCUUGUCCUGAUUCCUAAAGUUGAGGCGGUGGCCUCGGUUUUGGAUCUCAGGCUGAUCAUUCUUUCGAAUUUCUUCUUCAAGAUCAUCUCCAAAGUUAUGGCGGUCAGGCUCAACAGAGUUGCUUCUGAUAUUGUCUCCCAGAAUCAAUUUGGCUUUAUCAGCGGUCGGUCUAUCCACGAUUGCAUCAUACUCGGUUCAGAAGGCUUUAACUGCAUGAAUCGCACCAAUUGCAGCGCAAACAUGGCUUGCAAAAUUGAUAUCAAGAAAGCUUUUGACACCAUGAGCUGGGAUUUCAUUCUCAAAGUCUUUCGUGUUUUGGGUUUCCAUGAAAGAUUUAUCCAGUGGCUCUCCAUCAUCUUUAGCUCUGCUAGAAUUUCCAUUUUAUACAAUGGGCAUCUCAGUGGCUACUUUGCUUGCACCAGAGGGGUCAGACAAGGAGAUCCUCUUUCUCCUAUUAUAUUUGGUAUAGCCGAAGACCUGCUUAGUCAUCUGAUCUUGAAUUGUGUUGCUGCGCGACGUCUUACUCCGAUGAGUUUCAGUAGAACGAUGUUAUUUCCUACGCAUCUACUGUACGCAGAUGACAUUCUCAUCUUUUGUAGGGCCUUCAUUCGUAAUGCUAAAACGAUAAAACACAUUCUGGAGUACUAUGGUGAGUUGUCAGGCUGGCCGAAGUCUCUUCUCCAUGAGAUUGAUCGAAAAUGUAGGAACUUUAUUUGGACGGGGAAUACUGAACAAAAACCCUCUUGUUCGGUUAAGUGGAGCAGAUGUUGUACUAUUAAAGAGGAGGGUGGAUUGGGGAUACGCUCGUUUACUUUAAUGAACAAGAGUUAUCUCAUGAAGCUGGCAUGGAACAUGAUCAAAGGUAAUUCUUUUGCCCACAAAGUUUUACGCUCUCGCUAUCUUACACCUCAUGGCUAUGCAAAAGCUAAUGUGGCGAACUCUUCGGUUUGGAUUGGUGUGAAACAUGAGAUUAAUGAUCUGGUGGAUAAUUCUUACGCCGUGGUGGGGAAUGGAAUGUUCACUCUCUUUUGGCUUGAUGAUUGGCUGGGGUACAAGAUUAGUGACAAACUUGGAAUCCCAAGUUUUUUAUGGGGUUUUAUGCAGCAAUCUAUCUCCGAUUACUUUUUUGAUGGCUGUUGGCAUUUUUCUGCAAACUUUGUUGAAAGUUUUCCGGAUAUUGUGUGCGAUAUUUUACUCAUUCCUUUGGGUAAUGCGCCGGACGAACGUUUCUGGAAGCCUUCGUUGCGCGGGGAUGUCACCUCUUCUCUGGCCUUUGCUAAUAUUUCGAAUAGAUAUCCCAAAGUGGUUUGGGGAAAGUGGAUUUGGGAUCCGGCGGUGCCUAUACGCCGCUCACUUAUCUGCUAG